AUGCUUGCAGGAUUAGACACGCAGAUUCAAGAAAUUAAAGAAUCCGUGGAGCUGCCGCUGACUCACCCCGAGUACUACGAGGAGAUGGGCAUCAGACCUCCCAAGGGAGUUAUAUUAUAUGGCCCUCCCGGCACCGGCAAGACGCUUCUCGCCAAAGCCGUCGCCAACCAAACCAGCGCCACAUUCCUGCGAGUUGUUGGCUCGGAGCUCAUACAGAAAUACCUGGGUGAUGGUCCCAAGCUGGUGCGGGAGCUGUUCAGAGUGGCUGAAGAGCACGCGCCCUCCAUUGUCUUCAUUGACGAGAUCGACGCUGUGGGCACAAAGCGCUAUGACAGCAACAGCGGCGGCGAGCGCGAGAUCCAGCGUACCAUGCUGGAGCUGCUCAAUCAGCUCGACGGCUUUGACUCCAGGGGGGACGUUAAGGUAAUCAUGGCGACGAACAGGAUCGAGACACUGGAAACCGCGCUGAUUAGAUCGGCUCGCAUUGACCGCAGUAUCCCGCUGCCUGAUGAGAAAACCAAACGUCGAAUCUUCAACAUUCACACUAACAAGAUGACGUUGUGUGGCGGCGUCAACUUUGACGAGCUUAACCUCGCCAAGGACGACCUAAGCGGCGCUAAUAUCAAGAUGAUCACCUCACGUCCUCGCAGCGGCGCUGAUAUCAAGGCGAUCUGCACAGAGGCCGGGCUUAUGGCGCUGCGUGAACGCCGCAUGAAGAUAACAAAUGAAGACUUUAAGAAGAGCAAGGAGAGCGUCCUCUACCGCAAGAAGGAGGGCACGCCCGAGGGGCUGUAUCUUUAAGAAGAGCAAGGAGGGCACGACUCCUUUAGACUCUUAAGUUCAGUAAAACAUGAAAAACUUUCAAGGAACUUCUAAUCAGAAUAAGAUCUCUCAAAAAUUCUGCACAAAUUAGAAGGAACGGAGUCAUUGCGUCUUUCUUAACUCAGCUGUCUGGGCCUUUUGCUGCUUCUUAUGGCGCAUCCGAGCCUUCCAGUAAACGCGGAUGAUGUUUGUUUAACACCAUUAGCCUCCGGUAACCUAAAAGUAUGCUUUUUUUGGUUUAUUGCACUCCAGCUUACGUUUAAAAAAAUUUCAAUUAUAAUCUUUUCUUUGAGCUGCAGUCAAAACUUGCUGCAAGUAGCAGGCCUUCUCUGUUAAUAUCGCAAUUCUCGUGCUGAUGACGAUCCCGUUCAUGAAGGUUGGAUUGAUAUCAAAUAUUCAUUGUGGAUGAGGUUAGGAGGUCAGAAUUAAAUCGUUUAUCAUUUUGGCCGCAAAAAAAUGGUUCUCUUGUGCUAAUUCAAUAAAGAGGUUGAAGAUC